AUGGACAUUAUUGAAACUUCCAAAAAUAAACCUCUGCCAAACUGGAAAAUCACAGGAUCGUUUGGGUUGGAAAAGACUGUUCAGAUCAUCCGGUCCAACCGCUCACCCAGCCCUGCCGAGCCCAGCACUAAACCGUGUCCCUCAGCGCCACAUAUACGUGGCUUUCAGAUGCCUCUGGGGCUGGGACUACGUUUCCCGGCAGGCCGCGCGGCGGAAGCGGAAGCGGAAGCGGCGCGGGGCACGCGGGCCGGGGCCGGGCCGAGCGGGCCAUGGCGGCGGAGGGGCGGGGGGGGGCGGGAGCUGCUCGCCCUCAUCCACCAGCACCUGCUGCGCGGCGGCUUCGCCCGGGCGGCCCGCGAGCUGCAGGCGCAGAGCGGGCAGAAGUUGCUCCCUUCCCUCUCGGCCUCUCUUGAGGACAUCUUCACCCACUGGGAAAAAACUCCCUCAAAUUCCAGGAGAAGAAAGGUGAGUGAUGAGGAGGCAGCCAUCCCAGAAAAAAUCCGAGUUCCUGAUCCUGUGAGCAGCUCUGAGAGCUCAGAGAAGGAAGAGGAUGAGAAAGAGAAGGCGAAAGCUGCAAACGCAGCCAGCCUUUCCCUGCCCACCAACUCAGCAGUGACUAUAGACAGCAGUGAAGAUGAGGACUCCUCAUCAGAAGAGGAGACUUCAGCUGGGAAGGGUGCAGUUACGGUGACCCCAGCUGUGGUGGGUGGCAAAGCUGCCAACUCCCUGCACUCUCCUCACAAACCUGCUGCCCCAGCAGGCAGAGCUGCGGCGCUCGCUGCUCCCAGCAGGACUGUGCUCUCCAAUAAGCAGCAGCCCAGUGCACCGGUGGCUGCUGCAACUCCGGCCAAGGCUGGGCAGAAACUGCCCAGUCCUGGGAAGCCUGGACAGGCUACAACAGCAGUGGCCAAAGUAGGUCAAAGCAAAGCACCAGUAGUGACCAAAGCAGCAGGAACCUCCAGCAGCAGCAGCUCCUCGUCAGAGAGUGAGGAGGAAAAAGAGACGCCGGCUGCGAAUGUCCCGGCUCCCAAAGUAGAGCUGAAGCAGGCAGCUGGGGCUGCUGAGAGCAGCAGUGAGGAAUCGAGUGAUGAGACAUCCUCUGAGGAGGAGCUUGCAACUCCAGCAGGCCAGGCAAAACCAGCUACAAAACCAGCUCAGGUUAAUGCAGAACCUCUGAAAAGUGCUCCUGGUGCUUCAGUGUCCCUCAAGAAGAAUACAGUGAGGCAAACAGCAGCAGCACCAAACCAGACCAAACCUGCAUCCACAACAGUUCCUGGGGCUGCAAAGCCCGAUGACGCCUCAGAGAGCAGUGACUCCUCAGACAGUGAAGAUGAGGAACCUCCAUCAGUAACACAAGCAAAGCCACCUCCAAAAUCCUCCCAAGCCGUCCCACCCCCAGUGAAACCUACACCAGCAACAUCACUCUCUGGCAAAGCAAAUCCAGCAAAAACACUUCCAUUGUCCCAAGGGAAGCCAGCCCCAAAACUGGGAGUACCACAGCAGGCCAAAACCAAGCUGGGAAAGACUUCUGCUCCUGCAAAGCCUGCUGAAAGCACAAAGCCAGCAGACAGCUCCGAUUCCUCAGGCAGUGAAGACGAGAGUCUCCCUGUGCCCAUCAGCCAGAAGAGGUUAACAGAACAGGCUGGGCCUGUUCCCAACCUGAGCCAGGCUGAUAAAGCUGAGCUCCCUGAAAAAGCAGUGGGAAGCACCUUGAAAAGCCAAGUCUCAGAAAGUGGGAGCAGUGACUCAUCUGACAGUGAAGAGGAGUCCCCAGCAGCACAGACACAGCCUCCGCAAGCUGUGAAAACCAAUGCUGUGCCCCAGCCAACAAAUGUGAAGAAAGGACCAGCUCCAGCACCAGUGCCAGCCCCUCCACCUGUGGACAGCAGCGAUGAUUCCAGCGAGGAGUCCGAUUCAGAGGAGGAGAUUGUGCCCCCUUCUCAGGUCCUCACUCCUCCUUCCCUAAAGCAAACGGUUCCCAUGGGAAAAGCUCCUCCAGCCAACACUGCUGUCCCACAGACUGCUUCACUGCUGGGAAGUCCCACCACCAAGUCAAGGAAGCCAGGCCUGCAGGCAGUGCAGGAUGCCAGGCUGAGCCAGACCAUGCCACCCGCCCAGGCAGAGGAGACCUCAGACAGUAGCAGUUCCUCAGAUAGUGAUGAGGAGAAGAAGCCCAAGCAGUCCCCCAAACCUGGGUCGCAGCAGAAACCAGGAGGGACCCAGCCAGCCCAGAGCUCCUCCUCGGAGUCCAGUGAGGAAGAGACAAUGUCACAGUCCCUCCUUACAAGCUAUCUGGGCCUCUCCAGUACCACAGCAGCACCUCAGGCAUCAAAGACAGUUCCUCCCCAGCCUGCAGGCAAGGUGGGGCAAGGGAAGGCAGCCGUGGCUGCUGCCAACUCCUUUCCCAAGUCCUCUGUGAGAGCAGCCCCAGCCAACAGCUCCAGCAGCGACAGCAGUGAUUCCGACACUGACAUCGACCAGGUGGCUGCAAACCACAAAGCAGAAAACAACCUCCCUCCAGAGCAGGAAGUCACCGGAGCCUCCAACAAAGAGAAGGGGGCACAAAAAACAAAGCCAGGUCAUGCCAGCCUCAAACCUCCCCCAGUCAAGAAAGCCCUGACUGUGAAAGAGAAUGAUGUUGGGGCAAAAGGGGCACAGGUGCUCCCAGCAUCACAUGAAGUGUCGUCCAUCCCACAGUCAGAGGAGUCAAACUCGGGGAGCGAAACGGAGGUCACCUCUGCUGCCAAAGUUCCUGUAGUGCAAAUGCUGGAAGGGCUGGAAGGGAAAAAGAAGAAGAAAAAGGAGAAAAAAGAGAAGAAGGAAAAGAAGAAAUCUUCCUCCACAGCAGACAAGGCUGUGAAAACAUCUAAGAGCAAUGACAAAGAGAAUAAGAAGCAGAAAACAUCUCAGAAGCGGAAACUGCCAGGAGAGGAUGGGGCUGUUGGGCAGCCCAAGGAGAAGAAGAGGAAAGGGCAAGCUAAUGAAGAAGUACCCAAAAAGAAAAAGAAGAAAGCAUCUGGUGAUGUGGAGAAGCUGCCAGGCAGCAAGGAAAAGAAAAAAUCAGCUAAAAAAAAAAAGACUGGAAAAGAAAAGAAGAAGAGCAAAAAGGUGUCUUUGGAAGGGGAGCCUGUAGCAGAUGGCUCUGCUGAGGUUCACAAGAAGAAGAAGAAGAAGAAGAAAACAGCUGAGCCUGAAGGACUGUGAGAAGGUACAUGGCCUGUGGCAACUGUCAAUUGGCAGCUCUGAACGGCGGUAACCUUGGCCAAAUUCAGUUCUCCUGGGCCACUCUGGGGAAGACAAAUGUGCCCUCUAAAUGCUCGCUGAGUCAGCCUGGCCUUAGAUUAAAGGGCCAGGGAGUGGAGCAAUGCAAGGAAAGUCACACAGCAGUGUGCUGGCUUCUCUGGAUGUGUUUGACCUCAACUCUUUAGCUGCUGAGAACUGGAUGUCCAGCCUGGACGUUGCUGUCCUCUUGUCACCAGCAGAGAUGAGUGGCCUCUGGCAGUGUCUGUCUGUCCCUGCUGACCCACAGGGAGCUUGGAAAAGUGGUGUGGAUUAGCUGGUGGUGAUGUUGCCACCUGGAAGUGGACAAGAUGGCUCUGCCCCUGCUCUGCUCAGCUGUAAGGCUGUUGUCCUCCUCCCCAUCCCUAACUCUUUUAACUCCUCUCCCCCAAAGGUACCGCAUCCCUGUGAUUAAGGAUUUAUGGGUGAAGAUCAAGCAGAAGAGAGGAAAAGAAAGCUCACCAGGAGAAUUCCAACUUUUUUUUUUUUUAAUAAUAAUUUAUAACUACUUUUAACUGUGACUUCUAGAGCAGAGUGCUGUAACUUUGUCUCUUCCUGCCCUGCAGGGGCCCAGAGAUGUGUUCUUGCCCCCCUUGAUGGCUCAGUUGUUGCACAGGAACCGAACUGAGGGAGGCAGUUUGACCAGAGAAGAGCCAGCUUGCAGAAACUGCUUUCCUCCUCGUUGACACCCUGCCACCUCUUACUCUUUCUCAUCACAGAGUUAUAUUUUUAAGAGAAACUUUUACCUUUCCUCCCCCCCCUUCUGUGAUUAUAGUGGUGUCAGUCCUUUUGCUACUAUGGGAGAGAGAAAACUCUCGGGUUUCGUUUUUAUCCUAAUACUGACGACAGUGGUUAUCAUGUCCCUGGAGUUGCACUGAACAGCUGUGUCCAGCAGCUGUUCUCAGCCAAGACGGUGUAAUUUUUUUUUUGUGGGGUUUUUUUAAUGGAAUAUUAAAUAAAAAAAAGGUGAUA